UGUCAGAAAUGUUCAUGUCACAUAACUCUGUCUAGACUCUCUAGAUCUACUAGAAUCUAGAGAUCUAGACCCUAUAAUAAUAAUACUUAAUAGAUCUAGACCUAGCCUCAGACUAGAGUGACAGAGUCUAGAGUGUUACUACUAGACUCUAGAGUCUAGAGUGACUAGACCUAUGCCAUAGGCUAUGGUUCAUGCAUGAAAUAAUGCAUGAUGACAAAUAAAGUAAUUUUGUACAGCUUUUUUAGAAGCUCUGCAUCAUGGAGAGUGAGAAUAGCCCUAGCAUUCAAAGAAAUAAAGUAUGAAUAUAGAGCUGUAAACCUUUUCCAGGAUGGAGGCCAGCAGAAUUCUGAAGAGUACAAGCGUGUCAAUCCAAUGGGACAAGUGCCUGCUCUCAUAAUUGAUGGUCACACACUAACCCAGUCUGUAUCUAUUAUUGAAUAUCUUGAAGAAAGAAACCCAGAUCCACCACUCCUUCCUAAAGACAAAUAUGGCAGAGCUCAGGUUCGUGCCUUGUCUGAAAUUAUCAAUAGUGGCAUCCAGCCAUAUCAGAACCUUUCAGUUCUAGACAAAGUAGGAAAAGGCAAAGAUGAAUGGGCUAAAUCAUUUAUUGAGAAAGGAUAUCAUGGCUUGGAGACAUUUUUGAAACAAACGUCUGGAAAAUACAGUUAUGGAAACACUGUUACAAUGGCUGACCUCUUCUUAGUUCCUCAAAUGUUUGCUGCUAAAAGAUCAGACCUCCUGUGGUAUGGCAUGGGAAGACAGUUCAAACUCGGGACCAUCGUGACAGCAGUCCAAAGCACUUACAGGAUGACCAGGCAGCUAUUUAAGCAUUGAUGGACAAUACUAUGAGCAUUAUUAUCUAUACAAAGUGAAUAUGGAACAAUUUCCCACUAUCAGUCAGGUAUAUGAUUCUCUUAUUGUGCUCCCAGCAUUCAAGGCAGCGGAUGCAGUUAAUCAGCCAGAUAUGCCACCAAAUUUCCAAUAGAACUAAUUACUUUUUAUAUUGGUACUGUAUUUAUACAAUCUUUCUUCUUUAGUAAUGAUUUCUUAACAUUAAAAUAGUUUUUUUUGUCAUGCUAUGUUGAUCCCAUUUUGCUACACACAAAGUACUUAGCAGAUGUAGAUUGUGUUCUUGUUUAUCUCUUCAUGUAGAGCAACUUAGACAUUGUACAUUAGUUAUUUAAUUCAUGUAUAAAUCUGUUAUUCUUUUUUUCUUUUUCUGAACUUUAGAAAUUAGAAAAGAUUGAGAGGGAAUUAGUGUAUUAUUUAGUGCUGUAAAAUGCAUUACUUAUGUUAAAAUGGAUUUGUUCCCAUUGUCAUUUUUUUUCUAAUAUCUGUUAAAUUCAGUUAUGAAAAUAAAUGGAAGAGUAAUAUGUUUAUAAAAUGAAAAAAAUUAGA